AUGACCCACCUAGUAUUGUUAUCAAUAUCAAUAUUCAUUAAUAUUCGGAGUGCUCUAUCAGCAAGGGAGGCUCUAAUGGAUGAUACUGGCGAAUUUCUACCACACAUAAGACUGGCAAAGGAUCUCAUCGAUCCGAGAAGGUAUGACAGUCGAGUACGUCCAGUAAUGAAUCACUCGAAACCAACAACUGUGUCUUUUUCAAUGAGUCUUUAUCAAAUACUUUCAAUUAACGAGAAACAGCAAAACGUUGAUUUGAAUGUUUGGGCAAUUCAAAAAUGGACCGAUGACUUUCUUGGUUGGAAUCCGUAUCUUUACGGGAUGAUCAACACAACCAUACUACCGUUUGACGCAAUUUGGCUGCCUGACACUUAUCUUUACAACAGUGUUGUGAUGAAUCGAGAAGAAACCGAACGAUAUAUCAACGUCGUCGUCACCACCAAUUAUUGGAAAGGCGAAAAGGGUGCCGAGGUCAAAUUCAUGUACCCUGCGUUGUAUCGCACCAGCUGCCUUCUUGAUAUACGCUUUUUCCCAUACGACCAACAGGCGUGCAAACUCACAAUUUCAUCAUGGACUUCUUCGAAAAGCGACAUCAAUUAUGUGGCCGAAUAUGAGUCGGUUAAUAUGGAAAAUUUUAUACCAAAUGAGGAGUGGGUCGUUGUAAGCUUCAACAUUAAACGGAUAGAGGAGAAAUUCGUCUGCUGUCCGGAACCAUGGGUUCUUCUUGAAGCAAUUCUGGUCGUUCGACGCAAACCUUUAUAUUAUAUUGUGAAUCUUGUUAUCCCGACAUCAGUGAUCACAUUGGUUGCCGUCACUGGAUUUUUUACGGCGGCGUCGACAAGUUCUGAAAGAAGGGAAAAGCUUUCAUUAGGAAUUGAUUCAUUAUUGGCAAUGUCGAUUUUGAUGAUGAUGGUAUCUGAGCAAAUGCCCACUUCUUCGGAUUUCGUUCCCUUAUUUGGAAUAUUCUACCUUUCGAUCAUUUUUAUCAUAUUUCUCGGCACAAUUUUCACUGCCGUCAUCCUCAACGUCCAUUUGCAAAAAAUGUACUCGAAGCCGGUGUCACCACUUAUCGCAUUCAUAUUCUUCGGAAAAAUGGCGAGAUGGCUUAAAAUGCGGCCACCGACAAUGCUGUUAGAGUUGUGGAUUGAGACGGGCGUCACGUUUGGGAAACGGGAAAAGAAACACAAACGAGAUGGACCUAAAUUCAAAAAACUGUCAAAAGUGCCCUCGGCCUCAUCUGGGAUCACUUUACUUAAAGCAACUAAUACUCAAGCUCCGUUGGCUCAGCCAAUAAGUGCCAGAUCGAUCAUGUCAUUGGGUGAAGAACGCCGCGAACGCGUUCGACAAAAUUGGCAGCGAGCGAUGAAAAAAGUGAUCGCCAAGAAAGGACAAAUCGAUACGGUGGCGAAUUCUGUUGGAAAAAAUAGCGGUGAACGUGGUCAACUACGCGCGGCUCGUCGAAAACCGCCAUCAAUUCCGAUUCCGAGCGAAGAACCCGCUCCGUUGAUGUUGAGUGCUUCAGCGAUAUCGGCGUUUUCGAUGAGUGGUGACUCGAACAUUUUGGAGAGCAAACUGAAGCGAAGGUACGCGCUCGAAUGGGAAUAUCUGGCGUCGGUGCUCGAUCGGGUGUUGCUCAUUGUGUUCUCGAUCGUCGUGUUCCUCGUCACGUCGAUCAUGAUAUUGGUAGGAGAAGCCAUGCAUAUUUCGUACGAGCUUGCCGCUGCCGCCUGA